AUGGGAUUCAGCAACACAUCGUAUCUGAAUCCCAGGACAGUGAUCCUGAUUGGCAUCCCUGGAUUAGAGCAUGUGCAAUUUUGGAUUGGAUUUCCCUUCUUUGCUGUGUGCUUGUUGGCUCUGGUUGGUAAUAUCUUCUUACUAAUCAUCAUCCCAACAGAACGCACCCUGCAUCAACCUAUGUACAUCUUUCUGGCGGUACUGGCAGCCACUGAUCUAGGGCUCUGUAUGGCCAUUGCUCCAAAGAUGUUGGCUAUUUUCUGGUUUGGUUUUUGCUCCAUGGCAUUUGAUGCCUGCCUUACCCAACUCUUCUUUAUCCAUGCCUUACAGGGUACGGAAUCUGGCAUUCUUCUGGCCAUGGCCUUUGACCGCUAUGUUGCCAUCUGUGAUCCAUUGAGGCACACAUCCAUUUUAACACCUUAUGUUUUAGUUAAGAUGGUGAUGGUAGUAGCAAUCCGGGCAACAAUGCUUGUUGGCAUUUUACCCAUUCUACUCAAAAGAUUGCAACUUUUCCAAUCUGUGAUCAUUGUUCAUUCUUAUUGUGAGCAUAUGGCUGUGGUCAAGCUGGCUGCUGAAGACGUCCAUGUCAACACAUCAUACGGGCUUUUUGUGGCAUUUGCAAUUCUAGGUUUUGACAUGAUGUUUGUUUUCAUCUCUUACAUUCUGAUUUUCCGAGCUGUUUUCCGCCUUCCCCAGAAGGAAGCACGACUCAAAGCAUUCAACACUUGUACUGCUCAUAUUGUUGUAUUUCUUGAGUUUUAUAUCCUUGCUUUUUUUUCCUUCUUUAGCCAUCGUUUCGGUCAUGUGUCACCCUAUGUCCACAUUCUCUUGUCUACCAUCUAUCUACUUGUGCCGCCAGCUCUUAACCCCAUUGUCUAUGGAGUAAAGACCAAGGAGAUCCGCAGGCGGGUGUCUCAGAUUUUUAUUUUUAAUACACAACACUGA